AUUAAAAAUAGAACGCAGACACCGAGAGAUGCGAUGCAGGGAGGCCUUGAAGGGUGUGCGGUGCCAUUGAACCACAUGAACCCGGCGCUCUCCCCAGACCAACCAUUUUUCGACAACCGAGUAUCAUCUUCCUCUCGCAUUGAACAUAUAAACAAUGAUGGCCCAAUGUCAUUCACAUCUUCUUGUAUGAGAGAUAUGGGAAGGGAGAAGAUUGAAAUUGUCGAACGUGGUCUGCUCCAUGCUCUCUAUUGUCCAAGAGCACAUCAUUCGUGUUGCCUUCUGUGCACCCGAAUGAAAUUUGUCAUUAGUCACACGAGGAAAUGUGUUAGGCGACGGAGGGAGGUGUGCGAGGUGUGCAGUACAGUUGUCUCGAUUACGGUAUUUCAUGCAAGAGUUUGUGACGAAGAAGAGUGCCAGAUUCCGUUUUGUCACGAGAUUCGAGAUGCGAUGGAGACAUAUUCCGCCGGAUCCUACCAUCUCUACGAUCUCGACCACUUGGUGCAUCGAGUCGUCCGUCGCCUACAGGAUCUCUCCCCCGAUCAACAACUAUCAGAUGAAGAAGACGGAGAAGCUGAAGUCGCUGGAGAUCAGCACUGGAAUUAUUUCAAAUUUCUCGAGCAAGAUCAAGUUGCCGAGGUCUCUUCCACAACAAAUGACUAAUUCAUAGUACUUGUUUUUUUUGCGUUGCCAAACAAUAUGAAGUGUAAAUAUUUAUAAAGUAUUGAUUAAUUAAUUUAA